AACACUGUUAAAUUGAAUGUCAUAAUUGCAAACAAUACUGUCAUAUGGAGCCUGGCGCGAAGGUUAUAUUCAAGCAAUAAUAUAGUCAAAGUUGGAAGCUUCCAAAUGAUUAACAUCUAUCUGGCGAAAGAACCAAACAAGCACAAAAUAAUGUCAUUUUAUUGUUUUUAAACAUAUAAAAGCGAUGGUGAUAACCAUGUCGCUGAGACUUCAUAGCUUUCUGUUUCUUUUACUCCUGGUGGGCAAUGGACUUCAAGUAUUUGGUCAAGGCCGUCGUACACAAAGAACUUCAACUUUGACAACUGAGGCCCCAACCACAACUACAACUUCAGCAACUGAGGCACCAACCACAACUACAACUUCAGCAACUGAGAAACCAACCACUACAACUUCAGCAACUGAGGCCCCAACCACAACUACAACUUCAGCAACUGAGGCACCAACCACAACUACAACUUCAGCAACUGAGGCCCCUACCACAACUACAACUUCAGCAACUGAGGAAAUAAAACCAACAGAAUAUACAACUUUAUCAACUAAGGCACCUACUACAACUACCAUUUCAACAUCUGAGACCCCAACCUCAACUACAACUACAACAACUGAGGUACCAACCACAGCUACCACUUCAACCACUGAGGUGCCAUCCACAGCUACCAACCAUUUUAAAGAAACGACACGCGAGAUACCAAACACUACUGCAGCUAGUACUAUGAGUACUAUCACCAACACAAAUACUCGAAUCAGGAAUACACCCGAAACCACUACACAAAGUAGCAGUAUGAAUUUUAAAGCUUUGUUGAUUCUGUUAUCAUUAAAUCUUGCUAUUUGUUUCAUUUUAGCAUGAACUUCAUCAUCAGUUUUCCAUCUUUUUGAUUCAUAUAAUUCUAUGUUGUUUAACUCGGUGACAAGAGGUUAAGAGGCUUGCUGUCAAAGAUAGGGACACGGGUUUGAAUCUCGUUAAAGGUUCGAAUUUUAAAUUUAUGGUACCCCUGAAUGUAACAAUAAUAGGUACCUGAAGCAGUCAACGUAGUAAAGGUGGUUUGUGGUUUCGCUUACCACAAGACACCUUUGUAAAUUGGUAUUGCUGCUAUAAAAAACAGUUACUUUUUUUCUUCUGUUUAGUCUUCCGAUUCUCGCUUAAGAAAAUAAUGAUAUCAUAAUAAAUAUAUAAUCUUAUAUGAUACAGACGUUACUUCAAAAAAAAAAAUGAUUACGUCAUACGCGUCAUGCAUCUAGCCAUGCAUGUUAACCAAUGACCUAAAUUCUGCCAAGUCACUAGUUUUCCUGGCUGACUCAGGCAACCCAUUCCAUGCUCUAAUAGUGCAAGGGAAGAAGGAGUUUUUGUACAAAUGUAGUGUGUUUUUUUUUAAAUAUUCCUUAUAACGACAAUAAUAUUUACGACAUGGUAAAUUUGGCUGAAAAAAAUAGUAUUUAUCCCAAAUAUUUCUUUUAAACAUGUUAUGUAAUAGUUACUUAUUUUUCUGGCUGUCAAAACAUUAUUUGUUAUAAUUGCCUUUGAAAUCACACAAAAAUGUCUAAAAAUAUUUUAUUUUUCUUUACUUCUACAUCUACCCAUUGCUUUUUUUAUAUUUUAUACUUGUAACUUGAGUGUUGAUUUUGACUUUCUGCAACAAGUACUCACUUUUGCAAUUCUGUAGUGCUGAGCCCACCCCUUUGAAACCGUAAACCAUAUCCUCUUUGAAUGCCCCUCCCUAAUCCACCUUAUGCAGACCCUACUUCCACUACAGCCCAACAUAACCAACACCCUGUACGGCAGUGCUGAACAACUGAAGAGAACAGCACACUUUUUUUUCCAUGGCACAGUCUGCAAAAGAGCUGACCAGCUCAGCUGCAAAAAAGCUGGUCAGUAGAUAAAAAAGUAAUUAAGUAACAUAAAAAAAAAUAUUAUAUUAAAGAGUCUUAUACUAAAAUAUUAUCACAGUAACUAGACACGGUAAGCGACAUCCUAGUACAAGCAAAAUACACGACAUCAGUUUUAAAGCUUAGACGUCUAGGAGAAAUACAUCAUUCUUUGUUCCAAAAUCUAUACUUGUUAUAAUCACACUGUUUGCUACGCUCCACAAUAGAUUUUAUAUAAAAAAUAACUGCCCCCUUUCCCUUUAGCGUCGUUUUCUAAAUAAACAUUUUAGAAAAUUUCAUGAAUAUAGCAAGACAUCGCCAAAUAGGAUAGGUCAUAGUCCUACCUCAAGUAUAGUCAAGGUCUGCGAAGUUCAUCAAUUUUAUUCUAUCAUUUUUUUUUUUUACAUCAGUUUUUUGACAAUGUAAAAACAAACAAACAACAAGUGGCACUUAUCAUGAUAUCAUGACAUUUAAGAACUAUUAAAGUUCUGAUACAACGUGUACUUUUUAAAAGUAAAUGUGCAAAGUACACUAUUUUUAAAACUAUUCACUAUAAAUAUUAAUAAAAACAAACAAGGGAGACCAUACUGUUAUACAAGUCAAAAUGUGAUCCAUUUCCUGCAUAUUUUACAAUAUUUUUAUGUACAUGUUGUUUUUGUUAAUUUUCUGAAAAAUUUGUUUUGAUUAAUAUGUUUAUAACUAUAUUAUAUGUGUUCGGUUAGCUACAAAUUAUAAUUAUAAUUUAUAAUAUUAAAUUAUUAAAUUA